AUGGCGGUGGAUCCGAACCGGGCCUUCAAGCCCGAUGGGCAAAGCGAGGAGGCCACGUUAGCCAUGAAGUGCAUUGCGGAGCAUCGCGGAAGGUCGAAAUUCCUGCUCCUUCAUGUGGAUCUUCAUGAAACCACAGACACCGACAACACCGAGUUCACCCCAGCUCGCUUUGCGCGCGAUGGCCUCACCGAAGACAAGUACGAGGAGUGGUACGACAUCCCCGAUGGAUUCUAUAUCUAUGGGGAUUCGGCGCGUGAGAAAGACCAGCUCGAGUUUUCAAAGCACAUCAUCGCGGCUGUGGAGAAGGUGACGCACAUCGCAGCGGCCGACGACCGGGGGAAGAUCGUGGGCGAAGCCAUCGCUGCACCUGGGGUUCUGCUGGCCCCUGGGGAGGGUACGGCCGAUGCACACACGGAUGCCAUGUACGUGACCACCACGGAGGUCUACCCGGACUCGCAAAGGACCAGCCGCGAGGAGUGCAACCGAGCCCAGGCUGCGGCCAUCGUAGCUGGGUUAGAGUUUGCCCUCGCGCACCAGGACUGA